AUGUUGAAUAUACGGUUAGUUUCAAUGUAUAUCUUUGAGAAAUAAUUUUAUUGCAGUAGAGAUAUAACCCAGCUUGAUGAAACUUCGAAAAAAGACGUGAAGAUGGAGUUAGUAACGGACGAUUCGUCAAUGUUGGUGGAAGCGACUUCUGAAUCUGAACGUGUUUCAAUUCAUGAAUCAGACUGUACAUGUCCCAGCAAAGUUGCAAACACCUUGUUUUUCCGAAGGUUGGUGAAAAUUAGGAUUAAAUUAGAUUAUUUUGAUAGGUACGACCCGUCGGAGAUCCAAAAGGACUUCCCAUUGACGGUUGAUGUGCAUAAAGAAGGGGACACGAAAUAUCUGGUGGAACCGAGACCGGGGCUGAAGCCGACAGAUUACUACGUCGACUACUACGCUUGGAACAAAGGUGAGGUGAACUUAAAGGUUUUAAAAUGGAAGAAUUUUAAGGUAAAAACACGACGACGAAGCGGAAAAUAUUUGUGGAAGUACUCGGGGACGAGCUGAAAUGCACGCGGAAAGACAACGACAACGCCCAGUUCAUUUUACACUGGUUUUACGCGAAUAUGGAGAAUCGUCUUACUAAGAAAGUUGUUAAAAAGGUCAACUGGAAGAUGGAAAAGUGGAAUAUUUUUCCAGGUUUCCUGGUUGGUGAGCACCGCGGAUGGGUCGAGAGUUAGCCCAGUUCUUGUGCACUACACUGUCCAUUUUAUUUCUUCGCAUCCAGUUGAUAUGAGGAAGCCGAGGCUUUAUAGUGACGCGAAGAACGAUGCGAAGGUAGGGAAAAAGAAGGGAUUUUAAUUUCUAACUGAAUAAAUCAAUCGGGCGGGAAAUUUGGUAUCUUCUGUCAUAGCUAUAGCAACAAAUAAGUUUCGUUCGAAUAUUUUUGGUUUUUCGAACUACUAAUUUAAUUUUUUUCAAGUGAGAGUAAUUUAGAAAUAUUCAGAACAUGACUAUAAUUCUUAAAAAAAUCCAAAAAAAAUUUUUUUAUAAUUUGGAAACAAAUUUUUCAUUUUUUUGUGUGAAAAAAAUUUGAUUUUUUUCAAAUUUCAGAAUUUAUUAAAAAAAUAAAUGAUAGUUUUUCAAGCGUGUGUUAAUUUGAGUAGAAAAAAAUUAAUUUUUUUCGCUGAAUUAAAUAAUAUUUUUUUCAACGCAACUACUGAUUAUUCAACAAAAAAAUAGUGGGUUUUCCAUUUAUCUUGCAAAAAAAGCUCACAUUGUUAAAGUAAUUGCAGCCGCCCGAAUAGAUUGAAGAACAUUUAAGUUUAUUUAUAUCAUAUCUGAAACAGUAAAAAGCUCUCCGCAUGAGUAAAACUUUUUGAAAAAAAACUUUUUAAAACAAUCAUAUCAAUAAAAUAUUUUUUGGAUAAAAUCAUCAAAAUUUGUCUACAGAGACGGCUCGAAACGGCGGCUCCGAUGACAGUUUGUGCGAAUUUCGAGGAAAGUAGGUCGGAUCCCAGGGAAAUUUUGACCAGAAAACAGGUCCUUUGCCUUUGGUCAAUACAAAAUUCGGUAGUAAUUCUGAAGGCCUACGAUUUGCGUCGUUCAAUGGACAAGAAACGAGAUCCUCUGGCUCCAAGACGUGGUCGAAAGCCGAAAAAGGAAGAAAUCGUGGAGGAAAUUCCGUUUGGCGCUUAUCCAGAUGUACAGUUUUUCGAUGAGACUCAAGGAGAAGAGAUGUAUGAAGAGGUUCGUUUAAAAAAAUUUUUUUUUUAGGUGGUAUGUAGAAAAAACAAAAAUUCGAACGGCGACUUUUCCGAUUUUUUCGCAUCGCUAGGGAACUUUCUGACGGCCACCUUUCCGACGGAUCCCAUUCCGACUUUUUUCCCUUAUGCUUUUCGGUUUAUAAAACAUCUAUUAACAUUUUUCCUGUUUCUUUGUGUUUUUAAUCAUGAAUGAACCACCUACUUCAUAUAGGCAGAUUCAAAACGAAGAUUUUAUCGAGAAAAAAAGUCGGAAAAAGAUUCGUCGGAAAGUUCCCUAGCGAUAUGAAAAAACAGAAAAGUCGCCGUUUGACAUUUCUGGUCGUUUUUUUCAUACCACCUUUUUAAAUAUAACGUAUGAGAAAAAAAACAACUGAAUGUGAAAAAAAUGGUCAAAAAAAUGAAUAAUUAUAUGUUUUGUCUAAAAUUUUAGCAUUUCAGUUUGAAGUAGAGAGAUGAAUUGAGGAGCGAAAAUCGCUAUUUUCAAAAUAUUAUAGAUUCUAAGUUUUACCACUAUCCUUCAAAAUGAAAUAGUAUUAUUAGGACGAUCUAGUUCUUCUGCAAAAUACUGAAAACGGUAGCUCAAGAACUCAUCAUUUUUUCGAAAAUUUCAAUUAAAGCUUGGCUGAAACGUACCUUUUAAACUUUCAGGUUUUCAACAUAAUUAAUUUUUGCCAUUCAUUCCGGUUCCCAGUGUAGUUAUAGGGUUUCCAGAGACAUAAAAAAUGUUCUCAAAAAAAAUUAUUUUCACACGAUUCUUGGGAGAAGUUGAAAGAUUUUACUUCUGACAAGGAAGGUUUUACUUUGCGGUUGAGCCUUUUUUAAAACUUGCCCAGAACAUUCCUUGAUGUACCAAACAAAAAUCCUGGAAGUCUUCACCUGCACAAAUCUCUGUUUUUUGAUAAAUUAACACCUUAAAACCCAAAAAAAUAGGCAAUUUUCAGGCUUCGAGUUCUUAUUUUCCAAAAAUUAGGGAGUUUUGCAGUUUGAGACGUUCAGGAUAUUUUUCUGAGGGAUCAAGGAGUGCUCUGGCCAAUUUUAAGAAAUUCCUGAACGCAAAGCAAAAUGAGCUCAUCUAGUAGUUUUCAAUUGAAUAUUUGCAGCUAGAAAAGAAGCCUGGAAGAGGCUAGCUCCCAAGAAAAACUAGAAAACAUCAAUUUUUCCUGCAUCAAAUGAUAUUUUCAGACAGUCUACUACGAAGAAGACGAAGACCUGCAACCGCCCAUCGGAGCCGAACCGAAUCUGUACGUCGGGAAGCUGGCGACAGAAGUUGCGCGAAUCGCCUCCAAGCAGGUGGAGACGCGAAUGAACAACCUGCUCGAGUCGCGCCUCGGCCUCUACCCGGCUCGACGGCCUUCCGUUCGCGUGCCCAUCUUGAACAACGCCGACCUCCAGUCUCAAGCCGACAUGAUCGGCGGCUGGAUCAACACGUUGGCGAACGCGACGCCGGGAGACGUUGACGUCAUUGUGUCGCACGUCGUCGGCUCGAUGCGGAGGCGACUGGACGAUUUGAUCGCCGCGGACGAGCCUCCGACGACGCGACAGCGAGCCCCGCAGCAGCGGUACUCGCCGGCGCCGCCUGCCAAGCGACAGUACGUCGUCGCGAGAUCUGCCGUUCAGCAACUGUCCGACGACGCCAGAUACGCCUGGAAGGCCAGUCCUGCCCUCAAGUUCUCACAGGAGCCUCAGCCGCCGAGAGAGUUCUUCUCCUCGGGUCGCGACGAACAUGUUUAAAGUGUAUAUCUUUUGAAGCUCUUCGUGCAAAAUCAAUACUCACUUGAAUUGUCACUCUCUGAUCCUGCAAGAAAACGCCGAAAAUCUUCUUUUUUCAAUUUUUCAUUCAACUUUUGUGUCAAACCUUUCCGAAAAGAUCAUUCUUUAGGAUUCAUAUCAAAUUUAUCAAGAAACAUUCAAAAAAAUACAGCUUCAGAAUUAUUUGUAUCAUUUACUUCCUUUGUAAAAUCAAACUCGACCGAUCGGUUUUUGAAGCGGGUUUUUUCAACUAUUCUUUAUUUGUUUUUUUGCUUUUUUUCGGACGAAUAAAUCUUAUACUUUUGUCUCUUUUUCAUGAUUUUUUUAAUAUCAUUCCGGUUCGGAACCGUUUGUAUCGGUUUGUUCUAAAAAUUUUUUUCAUUUUCAAAAAUUUUUUUCUAUAGAUAAAAAAAUUUUUCUGAAUUUAUAAAUGAAGAAAAAAAAAUUUUUUUGGGUCUAUUUCUAGAUUUUUUUCGACAGUUAAUUAGUUUCAAACCAUUUUUUUACGUAUGAAGAACCAAAAUCAAAAGAAAAUUUUUGAACUUUUUUUGUAAAUUUCUUGAUUUUUUUCUUCUUUUUUUAUCGGUCUCCAAGUGUGUCAAUAAUUUUUUUCCAUGUAUAUAUUUUUUUUAAUUACCUGACCUUAUAGAUUUUCAUUUAUCAUAUAUUCAGAACUACAAUAUGCUAACGUUUUGCCCGGAAUGCGGAUCAGUGCUUCAAAUCGAAAGCGGCGAAAAUUGCAUGCAGUUAUCCUGCUUGGCUUGCCCUUUCCUAUGUCCCAUAACCAGUAAGGUAAGUUUAGAGUGAAAGUAUCAUUUCUGGCUUGUUUAAAACACCAUAGAAAAGGUCUCGAGACAAAGAGCCGCAAAAUAGAACCAAAAACGGCUUUUUCAAGUUUUAGAAAUUCCGAGAGAACUUUAAAAAUUAAUCAAUUAUUCUUUUAGGUUAGCAGCAGGAUCUACCCGAAGUUGAAAGAUAUUGACGAUGUUCUCGGCGGUCCGCAGGCUUGGGAAAACGCCCAAAUUACUGAUGGUUUGAUCAAAUUUUUUAUUAAGGAGUUUACGGCGUUUUUUUGACAACGUCCCUCCCAUAUUUUUUUUUCCGUAAAGUGUAGUGUGUCGUGUGCAUGCACUGCGGCGCUCUCGCACAUGCCGUGUUCGGAGCCGUGACGUCAUUGUACUUGACAGACUAUAAAAUCAAUGAAUUCUAUUGAAAUUUCAAGCUUGAGCUUUUCGAGCUUCAUUCUUCAAACGAUAUUAUUUUUGUAACCAGUAAAAAUGUUCCUUACCCACUAGAAAAAUUUGAAUUUUUGGUGUGUUUGUCAUAAGUCUAACUAGUACCGAACAAAUCUAUCAAAAAAUUGAUAGGGUUUCCAGUCAAUUUAUUAUUUUGACUGAGAGAACACUUUGCGGCCUUGAAAUAGUUGAAAAUCGAUCAAAAAAAUGGCUAUACUUUUCACUUCUACUAUAUUUUCGAAACAAAAUAUUUAAAGAACGUUGCCCGCUGUGCUCACACGAGCGCGCCUAUUUCAUGCAGCUUCAAACGCGCUCCGCCGACGAGCCAAUGACCGUCUUCUACAGAUGUGCCAACAAUUCCUGUGCUCAUCGGUGGAAAGAAUAA